AUGGUAUGGAUUCUGUGGUUUGGGACAGCCCUCUCCUACUACGGAAUGGUACUGGCCAGUGCUGAAAUCCUGCAGAUAAAAAUGCCAACCAGUCGGACAAUCUUUAAUUCAGGUGAGAAGUGCAAGUGUAACCUUCUCAAGAAAGGCGACUACACCAGCAUGAUUGUCUCAAUACUAGGAGAAUUCAUUGCCCUUCCACUGCACAUAUGUCUCAUUGAUCUCGUGGGACGUCGGUGGACAGGGGCUGUCAACCUGUUUGGGUGCGGUCUUUUCUUCUUUUUUCUUCAACUGCCAGUACCCAUGACCGUGUUGACCGGCUUCAUCUUCCUAGUCAGGGGUUGCUCUGCAGGGAUGUUCAACUUUGUCUACAUUUACACAUCUGAGGUGUACCCAACCACUAUACGAACUCUGGGCAUAGGAGCCGCGUCUUCCUGGGCUCGAGUAGGUGCCGUGGUGACCCCUUUCCUAGCACAGGUGCUGUUGGACACUUCCCUCACUGCUGCAGUAUGGGUGUAUGGCAGUAUAGGCUUCAUUUGUGCUGUAUGUGCAGUAUGACUUCCUAUAGAAACCAAGGGCAGAGAACUACCACAAUCUGUAUCAGUUGAAGUGGAUUAGCUGCCUCAGUCAUUGGGUAUAUUUGUUUCUUCCAGCAAUCUGUAUCAGUUGAAGUGGAUUAGCUGCCUCAGUCAUUGGGUAUAUUUGUUUCUUCCAGCAAUCUGUAUCAGUUGAAGUGGAUUAGCUGCCUUAGUCAUUGGGUAUAUUUGUUUCUUCCAGCAAUCUGUAUCAGUUGAAGUGGAUUAGCUGCCUCAGUCAUUGGGUAUAUUUGUUUCUUCCAGCAAUCUGUAUCAGUUGAAGUGGAUUAGCUGCCUCAGUCAUUGUUUAU